CAAAGUAUAUCGUAGCGGGUAAAUUAACUGUCACAAAUGACAGCUAAAGUUCUUUUUUUGUUCGUCGUAAGCUAAUUUAGUCAAAAAUAGAUGAGAACGAUUUAUUAAAUAUUGUGUUUGACAUGAAAAGCCCGCGAAAUGUUUUACGAUAAAUUCUUGAGAGUUUUCUUUACGCUUUAAUUUCAUUCAUUGAUGGAAACCGAUUUUCGACAGCGAAACUUGGCUCUAUUCCGAAUGUCGUCAUCAGUAGACGAGUAGCGGAUGGACGUAGAGGAAGAUUAUUUUGCUUUCAUCAAUUCGAAGAGUGGGAGACAUAAGCUAAUGGCACAAGUUGCGCCGGCGCGCAAGCUCUCCUCCUUGCCCCAUAAUAGGUCAGAUAACUGGCAGCCAUUUUGCUAGAUGAGUAUAUGUACCAUGGCUAAAGAGUACCUCUUUCAAUAAAAUACACAAUCUAGUCUAUUUUAUGAAAUGCUGAAAAAUAAAUCGUUUCAUUUUUAAAAUUCACAUGAAUAUUUUGGAAAAGUGCUUUCGACAGUACUAAUUGAGAGAAAAAUUUUGCUUCCAAUUUGCAAUAAGAGUAGUGCGGAGGGAUACAUGAAUUAAAGCUCUGGCGUUUCCGUGCCUGGUGUUUGGGAUUUAAUCAUACGAGAUGGUGUCUGUUGUGUGUACUUGUGUUUAUAUGUAAAAUAUUUUGUUAUUUAUAUAUCCCUCACUAGAAGUUAGGUAUUUUAGACUCAUAAGGAUAUAUAUCUGUCCAUCGUACAAAAAUGGGAAAUACUGCAACAGCUAAAAAAGGAGAUGCAGUGGAAAAUGUAGGGAACAACAAUACACAGUUUGACAUGCCUCCAGACAAGAAACAGUUAUCUACAGAAACACAGUGUAAGACAAUACAAAUGUUUCUAGAAGAAGCAAAGAAGGAUUUUGAAGAAAAGUGGAACAAUCCAAGUAAAAAUACUGCCAGUUUAGAAGAUUUUGAUCGAAUCAAAACAUUAGGAACCGGUUCCUUUGGUCGAGUAAUGCUUGUACAGCACAAAUCAUCUAAAGACUACUUUGCAAUGAAAAUUCUUGAUAAACAGAAAGUUGUGAAGCUAAAACAAGUAGAACACACCUUAAAUGAGAAAAAAAUUCUGCAAGCAGUUAGUUUUCCUUUUCUUGUAAAAUUAGAUUAUCAUUUUAAGGAUUUUUCAAACUUAUAUAUGGUAUUAGAAUAUGUGCCAGGUGGAGAAAUGUUUUCUCAUCUUCGAAAGAGUGGAAGGUUUAGUGAACCUCAUUCGAGGUUUUAUGCUGCACAAAUAGUUCUUGCUUUUGAAUAUCUUCAUUAUUUGGAUCUGAUAUACAGGGAUUUAAAACCAGAAAAUUUGUUGAUUGAUCAGCAAGGUUAUAUAAAAGUUACUGACUUUGGUUUUGCAAAACGUGUGAAAGGGCGUACAUGGACUCUUUGUGGAACACCAGAAUACCUCGCACCUGAAAUUAUUCUCAGCAAAGGUUAUAACAAAGCUGUAGAUUGGUGGGCCUUAGGUGUACUUGUAUAUGAAAUGGCUGCUGGCUAUCCUCCCUUUUUCGCAGAUCAACCUAUUCAAAUUUAUGAAAAAAUUGUGUCUGGAAAAGUGCGAUUUCCCUCCCACUUUACUUCUGAUUUGAAAGAUCUUCUGAAAAACUUGUUACAAGUUGACCUUACUAAAAGAUAUGGCAAUUUAAAGAAUGGAGUAAAUGACAUAAAAAACCAUAAAUGGUUUGCUACAACUGACUGGAUCACAAUAUUUCAGAAAAAGAUGAAAGCCCCUCUUAUACCUAAACUAACUUCAAAAGGAGAUACUCGCCAAUUUGAUAACUAUGCCGAAGACAAAAAUACCUUUCGACGAACUCUUACUGAUCAUUUUGCAUUUGAAUUCCAAACCUUCUAGCUGGCUUGAAUUCUCCAAGUGAUUGAGGUGGAAGCUCCUUUCAUUCCGAAGUGUAAAGGACCUGGUGAUACAAGUAAUUUUGAUGAUUAUGAAGAAGAGGCACUGCGCAUAUCAUCAACAGAAAAGUGUGCCAAGGAAUUUGCUGACUUUUAGUGUUUGAUUCGUUAUUACUCCAAAGUUAUGGAGUCUACAUUGUAGCCCUUUUCAGUUGGGCAUAAAAAAUUAAUAUGAAGAGAGCAUUGUGUUGCCAAUGGUAGCUUGUAAAACAAUGCACGGAAACAAAAACUUACAUACCAAAUCCCUAACCAUCCUAAUAUGUCAUCAUUGUGCAUGCAGAAUUGCAAUAUUUGAUGGCUUUAAGGCUUUGAUGUUUUUAAAUAAACUGGAGACCACACAAGUAUUAUCUUGCUUUAUUUUAUCAUCCGACCUGGCUACUAUGUGUAUUAUUUAUUGAAACCAGAUUGUUUAAAUAAUUUACAGUUAAGGCUUUUUUAUUUGUAUAAAAGACUAGAAUUUAGCAUAAAUUAUUUUUGUUGUUGAUUUUGACAAAACAAAUUAUUGCUUUUGUCUUUAAAUUUUAAUAUUAAACUGGUGCCGUCUUUGUUAAGAUGCUAUAUGUGUGUUGAUAAAUGCCGAGCUACUUUGAUGUUUCUGUGUAUAGUGUACAGCAUUGCCAUCAGAUUUUAGGAUAAUAGACUUUAAAAAAAAUGAAACUGUGUUCCAUCCGUGUGCCCAGUUGAGAAGAUCACUGCAUAUACAUUUUUUUGCCUCUUAUUAAUAAAAUUUAAAAAAUGAGAGAAAUCAUGGGCAGAAAAAAAAACUUUUAUUUUGUAGAUGUAGAAAUUUUAUAUUUAAAAAAAGUGUUUGACAAUAUAAAAUCAAGAAUUAUGGGAAUUGGUAUGUUACAAUGUAUGAGCACAGUACUAUUGUUCAUUUUACCACAGAUCUAUAGUGCUGGCACAGGAAAUGGUUCCCACAGCUGGCAAGCACAUUUCUCUUCAUUAGCUGCUGUAAAUAGUUUAAGUUCAUUGCUAUAGAAGUUUUUAAUAUCAAGAUUCUUUGUUGAAAUGCCUUGUGAUCUGCCUUGAAAUAAUCUUUCAGGAUCUUCCUGCUGUUCUGUUGCCGUUUUAUUUUUUAGAACAAGCUAGUAUGUGCUUAGUAUGGUAGUUAAUUUGUUACACUCUUUCCUCAUUCAGUUCUCAUUGGGUUGGGGGAUUGGAAUUGACUAUAUUUCAUUAUUUAUGGUUGCCCUGCCAUAUUCUUAUAGACAUGCGCAGCAUGGGAGCCAUUACUCCAUUUAAAUUACAUAAAUCCAUAUAUUGUGCACAGAAAACAUCUGUUUGGGAAAAAGUGUAGUUGUAGAUAUCUUUUCUUUUUUUUUUUUUUUUUCAUUGUGCAGCCACAGAUUUGUAAAAUAAAAAGAUAAACUUAUGUCUGUGUUUUGGAGUCUGUUAGAUGCCGAGUGAACUCAGGUGGUGGCGCGUUGAAAAUCUAAACAAACUAGUCGGAAAUUAGAAGUCAGUUGCAUGAGCUAAUGCUCUUGUCUGUAUAACUCAAUGCCAUGUAUAUUUGUUGAUUCAUGUUACACUUGUUCUUGUAUUAAAGAUUCUUAUGCUAUAA